AUGUGCCGCCGCCGCCUCUUUCUUUCCGCCGCCGCCGCGUUGCUGCUGGCCCCCACCGUCCUGGCGACGCCGGCCUCUUCCAGCCCUCAUCCCGAGACGACUCCUGCCACCUCUAUACCCUCUACCGCGCCAAAGCUCGAGCUUCUGCGCGUCCAGUCCCACAAGCUCGCCCAGCCCGUCUACGCCGAGUCUGCCGCGCGGUCGACUCAGAUCCAGAACUGCGACGGCGUCCGCUGCCUGUGGGACUACCUGUCGCAAAAGGUCAGAAACGCUGCCGAAAGGCUGGGCGGCGACGUCGAGGAGCUCACAGACUUUAUCGCCUACUCACAUGAUGAUACCCUGCCGAUACCAAAGGACGACGACGACGACGUCGAGUGGGCCGACGUGUGGGACGACCAGGCCAUGGACACGAAAGAGAUCCCGGAUCUUGCUGGACUUCAGGCGCCGGUGGAUGAACCAGAGACGUCAGAUGGAACGAGUCAAUUGGAGCAUGUCGACGACUCCAGCUCUCCCUCCUAUCCGCGCCAGCCGCCGCUUCUCAUGACUGUUGCCCUGGUCGCCAUCGCCAUCGGCUACUUCUCCCUUUGGGGGAUUCACCAUCUCCACCGCCGUACCGCCCGUCUCUGCCUUCAACACCAGCCGCUGCCCACCGUCUCCGACGAGCACCGCCGCCGCCACGGAGACCCCCGCUCUGCCCGCCGCGUUCGCCGCAAAGUCCAGCAAAGGGAAAUCACGAGAUGUGUGCGCGGCGUGCUGCGUCGUUGGGCCCACGGAAACGCCGGGGCUAGCGAGGGGAAGCGCGCAGUCGGGGGCAGACCCAUGACGGCGGCAGAGGGAGAGGCGUCGACCAUGGAGGGGGAGAUAUCACGUCUCCGAGAGGUUGCGGAAUUCAUCGACAACGUUGUGGCCGCGGAGCAAGGAAUGGCCCGCUCAGGACGCUCUGACGCUCUCUCGGCUUCAAGACCGCGCAUUCCGGACCGCCGGAGCGACUCAUCCUUUUCAGAACAGGCCUUUGCCGAUGGCGACGUCUGCCUGCCUUCGUACGACACAGUGACCGAGGACCCAUCUCUGGUGGCAGACGGCUUGCGGCAUGCCCCCGACUCGUCGAUGAGGUCACGCGAUCACGGAGAGGGAAACGACGUGUCGAAAUAUACGAAGAAAUAG